GAAGACAAACACACACACAUACACUAAAUGUAUGUGGGCCCAAUGUGGUGCAGCUAAACUAAGUCCGAGUAGUCACUAAACCGGAGAUCGGAGACCCGUCGACUAAAAACAAAAGCAGCAAUUCAACAAAUUUCAGAAGAUCGAAGAAGAAGAAACGAUGCCUCUGAGUGCAACAAUGGUUGGAGCUUUGCUGGGUCUCGGUACCCAGAUGUACUCCAACGCUCUCCGCAAACUCCCUUACAUGCGCCAUCCGUGGGAGCAUGUGGUGGGUAUGGGACUUGGUGCUGUGUUCGCUAACCAGCUUGUGAAAUGGGAUGUGAAGCUCAAGGAAGAUCUCGAUGUGAUGCUCGAUAAAGCCAGGGCUGCCAAUGAGCGCCGUUACUUUGAUGAAGAUCGGGAUUAGUUAUUGAGUGAGAAGUCUUCUGGAAAGAAAUGUCUUCCUCUGGAGUCAUCUCAAAUCUCAAGUGCUUGUUUUGUUUGAUCUUCCCUGUAAAAGCUUUUCUUUUCAUUUUUCUUAGAGCUGGUUCUCUUUUGCUUCGGCACUGGAGCUCUUGUCACUCAGUGUUUUUGGUUAUGAACCUAAAGAUUUGUGUGUUUUUCACAAUCUGAAUCACUUGAAUCUGUUUGUACCUGGCUAAUAAUUUCGAAUGAGAAACCUUUCAUUACUUUUA